AGUAUGGCCGUUGGGCUUGACGAUCACAACAGUUUAGGUAAUAACACAUGGGACAAGUGAAGGAGAAAAAAGCCAAGUGUGGCUUCAUGGCCCGACUUGGCAGAGGGAGAGUCCAAGUGAGGUGACGGGGUGGUAUAGCCGUCUAGGGAGAUAAACCGCACUCUGUACUUGUUUUAAGAAGACAUUAGGUGCAAAAUCGCAGUUAAGACGUGACGUCGAAACUUGGAAUUUUUACGUUUGGUAAUCUGCAAACACGUAUAACAGCAUCUUGCAUUUUAGUAAUUGUGUAUAGGUGAAAACCAUUGAAAACUCCGACAUGGUUUCAAUAAUUUGUGUGACAUACCAGAUCGGUAGUGAAAGGCAUUUUGAUGACCUUUCACCGAGCCGACCAUGACCUCUGUACCGGCCGUCCCAGAGUUUCGUGAAACCGAUCAAUAUUGGAAACCAUUAUUGACGCAUGGAGUAGAUAUUAUCCGCCCAAAACCCCGACGUCUUGGAGAUAUGAGCAAGACGACGGAAUCAUGUCGACCUUCGACCAGAGACUUAUUAAUGGUUCCUCUAAAAUUUCAUAACAGGGAUAUCGUUGGAGGUUCGGCCCCUAUUCUUAACAAAUCUUCUAGCAGGGAAGUACUGACACCACUUCAAAGUAGUAAAGGAACGGGAUUAACAGAAUCCUCUUCUCCUUCUAUUCAAAUCUGUAAAACUCCGACGAAUGGAUUAUCGUUUCACAAAACUCCUACACGCGACAAAAUGGCUUCUCCUUGCUCACAAAGAUCUCAACAGAUUCAUAAUGGAGGAAAUUUUUCACAGUCCGGAAGGCCAUCUUCUCGUGAAUCAAUACACCAUGCAAAGAGUUCUCCGGGUUUAACUAACAGUUCCUGGGACAAAGGAGAAGAUGAAGGUGUCGCCGCGGAUGGCAGUCUUUCUCCAUAUUUGGAUUCCACAUCCAACACGGAUUGUGGAUCGCUCAGCAAAAGUUCUUCGGAUGGAGAUCCAGUCAUUUGCAGAAAACGUCCACCCACAAGACUGAAAUCCAGAAGAAGAAAUAUUCUCAGUUUUCCCCAACUCCAUUUAGAUGAUGCCAAAUUGUUACAAAGGAGACAAGACUGCUAUGGAGGUUCUUCUAGUGACGAGAACAGAUCAUCAGGUCACGCAAGUAUGAGUGAUGGUCAUUCGUCUUUUAUUAGUUCAUCUCCUACAGAUUGCGUAUUAUCUCGUUCCCAUGCCAAAGUGCACGGAAACAGGUACCAGCAUGAAAACAACGAGAAUAAUAAUGAUUUUAGUGAAAAUAAAGAUUUUUAUGCCGCCGAUCAGAAGAUCUUGUGUCGUGGAACACCCCUGAAAGCAGUUCCUGAAGACGAUCGCUUAUCAGUGGCAACUAAUCGUCAUUCUACUUCCGUUUCCACAAAAGUUAUCGGUCGUCGCAAUGCUGGUUAUCGCAAAGGAACUCAUCGUGUACGCGAGGAAUUACUCCCUGUUGAAGGUAUCGCUGGCUUAGAUGACAUUCGAUACGCAAUUGAACAAUUGUCUGCCAAAAAUAAUAAUUGCCGCACUAAUUAUUCUACUUCCACUUACUCAUCCAUGAGUGGGAGUGAAUCUGAAUCCGUUCGACGACUCAUUCGACAUUCCAGCUUAGAAACUAUUAACACAAAUAUAACUAAUGCAGACGAAUUUGUAUGGAUAGAUAGCCACAGUCGAUUGGUAGAACUGCAACAUCUACCAUGGUCCAAUCACGACGUGCUUAGAGUUAUACAAACUGGAAGAUUAGCCGAGCAUCUCAGUCGUAUAUCCAUGGAAACCGUCCCUCGUUUGGCAUAUCUUCUGCAAAGGCCCUUAGUACGAAUAUCUCGAGAAGCGCAGAGAUUCUCUCGUACUUUAGGCAUGUGUAGUAAGCAAGAAGUAAGUGGUGCUCUGAAGGUAAUACUGUCACCCGCCAUGAGUGACAGUUGCAUCAAAGCCUGUUUGCGUUCUGGUGCCAUUUACGCCGUGAGUGGUGAUCAACUUAAAUUGAGUAAAAGUGCAAGAGCCGGUCUUCAACUUUCCGUUGGGAGAUUUCACAGGUGGAUGUGUGACGUAAGAAUUGGUACUUUUAUUCACGAGUACGCUGCCAUUUAUUUAACGGCCGCUUUAGAAAAUUUAAUGGAAGAAGUUUUACUUCAAUGUUUACCUAACGAUGGUGAAUCGAUGUUGACUGCUUCAGUGUUGGAAUCUUCCAUAGCUAACAACGGAGAUUUAUGGGGCUUAUUUCAACCGUAUUCUCAUUUAAACGCAGGACGUACUGCUACAGGUAGGUGCUUU